AUGAAUUCAGUACUCCGAACCCUCUCUGCCCUCCUGCUCCUCUUUUGCCUUCCCCUCAUCUCCGCGAGGCUCGCGUUCUAUCCUCUUUUCUUCGAACCCAACGCCAUGAUCACUAGAUUCGAAAGCACCGUAAGCAUCCCUGCCAAUUCACCAGACCGCCAAUCACCCGACAACGAUUUCCAAGGUUUCUGGCCAGGACUGGAAACCGCAGACGCCGACUUCGUCUUCCAGAACGUGAUUUGGAAUUGGAACCCGACCCUUACACCGGAAGAAUGGUCUUUACACCCUAUGUAUUGCUUCAAUAUCAGACCAAUGGGAGGCACGGAUAAUGUCUUUCGACUUUAUCCCGGAGAUGAAGUUAAGAGCGUCUUCGCCAUCGAUAACUCGACCGGAAAAUGGCACGAUAAUUGGUCUGUAGCUCGUUGUCAACAGGGGCAUGUUGCAAACCAAGCACCAUUUAGUGGCAACAUGACAUUUGAUCCUAGCAUUGCCACUGUACCUGAUCGAGUGCCAUACACCAUGGCAGUCCUCACUAUUGAGUUGCAGGAAGAGGCAACUUGGGAUUUCGGCUCUGUAACAUUCACCGACAUCACUAUAGAGGCCGCCACCAGCGAUACGUUAUGGUGCACAAAUGGCCCUUACCCAGGCGGUGAUUCCCCGUCAUGGAAGUGGGCUAAGUCUCGCGGAAACGUGUCUGUUUCUGGUGGAAAGACAACUUGCUAUUACUCAAAAAUCGUUUUGGUGAGCCCGAAUUAG